AUUAUCCUCAAACUCCUCCUCAGAUUAUCCUCAGACUCCUCCUCAGAUUAUCCUCAGACUCCUCCUCAGAUUAUCCUCAGACUCCUCCUCAGAUUAUCCUCAGACUCCUCCUCAGAUUAUCCUCAAACUACUCCUCGGUCUAAUCCUCAGACUCCUCCUCAGAUUAUCCUCAAACUACUCCUCAGAUUAUCCUCAAACACCUCCUCAGAUUAUCCUCAAACUCCUCCUCAGAUUAUCCUCAGACUCCUCCUCAGAUUAUCCUCAGACUCCUCCUCAGAUUAUCCUCAAACUCCUCAAACUACUCCUCGGUCUAAUCCUCAGACUCCUCCUCAGAUUAUCCUCAAACUCCUCCUCAGAUUAUCCUCAAACACCUCCUCAGAUUAUCCUCAGACUCCUCCUCAGAUUAUCCUCAGACUCCUCAAACUACUCCUCAGACUCCUCCUCAGAUUAUCCUCAAACUCCUCAAAUUAUCCUCAGACUCCUCCUCAGAUUAUCCUCAGACUCCUCCUCAAAUUAUCCUCAGACUCCUCCUCAGAUUAUCCUCAAACUCCUCCUCAGACUCCUCCUCAGAUUAUCCUCAGACUCCUCCUCAGAUUAUCCUCAGACUCCUCCUCAGAUUAUCCUCAAACUCCUCCUCAGACUCCUCCUCAGAUUAUCCUCAAACUCCUCCUCAAAUUAUCCUCAGACUCCUCCUCAGAUUAUCCUCAAACUCCUCCUCAGACUCCUCCUCAGAUUAUCCUCAGACUCCUCCUCAAAUUAUCCUCAGACUCCUCCUCAGAUUAUCCUCAAACUCCUCCUCAGACUCCUCCUCAGAUUAUCCUCAAACUCCUCAAACUACUCCUCGGUCUAAUCCUCAGACUCCUCCUCAGAUUAUCCUCAAACUCCUCAAACUACUCCUCGGUCUAA